AUGGUCCUGAUCAAGUGCAUCCUGCGCUAUGUGAAGAGCAUGGUCUUCUCCGGACUUCACAUCAGCACCAGCCCUGUUCAGUCUCUGACUGCCUACUCCGACGCCGACUGGGCUGGCUGCCCGGACUCUAAACGCUCCACCUUCGACUUCUGCGUCUACCUCGGUGACAAUCUGGUGUCUUGGUCCUCCAAGCGCCAGACCACGGUGUCUCGUUCCAGUGCUGAGGCGGAAUAUCAGGCUGUGGCUCAUACUGUGGUAGAAUGCUGCUGGCUGCGUCAACUCCUUCAUGAGCUUCAUGUUCCACUUGCCUCGACCACUGUUGACUACUAUGACAAUGUGAGUGUUGUCUACAUGAUAGCUAACCCGGUACAUCAUCGGCGCACGAAGCACAUCAAGAUUGAUAUUCACUUUGUUCAUGAGAAGGUGGCCUUAGGUAAUGAAAGAAGGGUUAGUCAUUCAGUCAGGGAUGUACCUGAGUUACCAGCAUCAUGA